AUGACUAAGUUGCCAUUCCAGAUUCGGGUUUUUUUUUUAGUCAUACACAUGUAGUCUAUUUUAUAAGCCAACAAGAUGUUUCGCAAGUUUCCAAAAAACAAUUUGCCGUCUUUGUGGCAACAGCGGCUACGUCUCGUCCAAACGGUGUCUAAAGAAGCUGUCAAACAACCGGAAAAGUCCAAAAAAUUAGGUCCAGAUAGGCCUUCCAUCGUCGAUCCACCGAAGGGUUAUAGGCCCAAUUGCAAGACCAAAUUUGGGCCACUUGAUGACUGCGAUCGGAUCUUCCAGAAUCUUUAUGGACGCCACGAUUGGCGAUUGCAGGGAGCCUGUGAACGGGGCGAUUGGCAUCGAACCGGGGAUCUCCUGGAGCAGGGUCCCGACUGGAUAAUGGAGCAGGUGAGCAAGAGUGGACUGCGCGGACGUGGAGGAGCCGGCUUCUAUGCCGGACUCAAAUGGGAGUUCCUGCGGCAGACAAAGUCGGAAAAGGUGCCCAAGGUUGUCAUUGUGAACUGUGCCGAAGGAGAGCCGGGUACCUGCAAGGAUCGGGAAAUUCUGCGCCACGAGCCGCACAAACUGAUCGAGGGCAUGCUGCUGGUGGGAGUGGCCAUGGGAUGCUCCAGGGCCAUUGUAUACAUCCGCAAUCGUUUCUACAACGAGGCGUGUAACCUGCACUUUGCCUUGGCGGAGGCCUACCAUCAUGGCUUGGUGGGGGACAGUGCCUGCGGCUCAGGGAUCAAGUUCGAUGUGAUGAUCCAGCGGGGAGAUCGGUACUUGUGUGGCGAGGAAACGGCCCUGAUCAACUGUUUGAUGGGUGAACUGGGACGACCUCGUCGUCGUCCGCCCUUUCUCACCGAGAAGGGUUACUUCGGGCAUCCCUGCUUGGUGAUCAAUGCCGAGUCCAUUGCCGUGGUGCCCGCCAUUCUGCGAAGAGGUCCCGACUGGUGGGCAGGAUUGGGUCGCAGUUACAACACGGGCACCAAACUAUUCUGCCUCAGCGGUCAGGUCAACAAUCCCUGCACUGUGGAGGAGGAGAUGUCUAUACCCCUGAAGGAUUUGAUAGAACGACACGCUGGUGGAGUGAAGGGCGGUUGGGAUAAUCUGGCGGCCGUAUUCCCAGGUGGUCUGUCCACACCCCUGCUGGAUCCUCCAACGGCCGCUGAAGUUCUAAUGGAUUUCGAUUGCCUAGCGGCGGCGGGCAGUGGUCUGGGCUGUGGAUCUGUCAUUGUGAUGACCAAGGACAUUGAUCCUUUGGCUGUGAUGCUGCGUUCCAUUCAGUUCUUCGAGAAGCAGACCUGCAAACAGUGCACUUAUUGCCGGGAUGGUGCCAUAUGGCUACCGGAAAUGUUCGCCCGAUUCGUCAAGGGUCAGACACAUCCGCACGAGAUCGACUGGACACUGGCCAUAGCGGAUAAGAUCAGGAAUAGCAAACCCAUUUGCGCAUUGGCCUAUAGCCAAGUUAGCGUGGCCGAGAGUCUAGUGCGAAUGUUUAGCAACCAGAUAGAGCAAAGAAUCCUUAAAUAUGCUAAGAGAUCUUGAAUUUCCUAAAUUGUUUAGCUAUUUACUUAUU